AUGUCCUCCCCGCUUCCCGCCUCGUCCCUUGCCCCGACCAAGAUCGUCAUCCCCGACCUCGUCUCCCACUGCACCAUCCCCGUCCGGUGCAACCGCCACAACAAACAGGCCAGCGUCGAGUCCAAGCAAUGGCUCUUCCGCGGCGGCGACCUCAGCCAGAAGAAGCGCGACGCGUUCCAUGGGCUCAAGGCCGGCUAUCUGACGUCGAUGUGCUAUCCUCUCUCCGGCUUUCCCCAGCUGCGCAUGGACGACCGCGGCACCCUCGGCAGCGCGAUCAAGGUCAUGGACCCUCUCUAUCACCCGCAUUCCUCGCGCCCGACUUCACGCGUCGGCAAGAUGACCAAAGAUUACUGGCAACGUCUCAUCCAGACCGCAUCGCCUGGGGCACAGCAACGCUUCAUCGAGACUUUCGACAUGUUCUUCCAGGCCAUCACCGAGCAAGCUCGGGACCGUGCCAACGGAGUUAUCCCCGAUCUUGAGUCGUACAUCGCUAUCCGUCGCGACACCAGCGGGUGCAAGCCAUGCUGGGCGCUCAUCGAGUAUGCCAACAACCUCGACCUGUCGUGGGAAGUUAUGGACCAUCCAAUCAUACGCGGCCUCGGAGAAGCCGCCAAUGAUCUUGUCACUUGGUCAAAUGACAUCUUCUCCUUCAACGUGGAACAGUCGAAAGGCGACACGCACAACAUGAUUAUUGUCGUGCAGAAGCAGCAAGGCCUCGAUCUCCAAUCGGCAGUCGACUUUGUCGGCGAUCUCUGCAAGCACAGUAUCGAUCGCUUCCACUUCCUCAGGGAGAACCUGCCCUCCUGGGACCCGGAGACCGACCAGCAGGUCGCCGUCUACGUCGACGGCCUCGCCGACUGGAUCACUGGCAGCUUGAAGUGGUCGUUCGAGUCCGAGCGCUACUUCGGCAAGCAGGGUCUCGAGGUGAAGCGGACACGUGUCGUCACCUUGCUCCCUCGCCGCGCAUGA